CUCAAUUGAAUACCUUUAAAUUUUAAUUGAUUUUUUAAAAUCCCAAUUGAAUACCUAUUUGACUUUUUAAAUCCAAAAAAAUCUUGAAUACACCCCUAACUUCCUCACUCGCAAGAGUAAAUUUUAAGGGAAAUUGGGGCUGACAUUCCAAGCUCCAGAACAAGAUCAUGGCUGCGGUUGCGUCAAUGCCAGCUUCAUUUUGGGCUUCUUCUCCUUCAGUGCCUACAAAAUCCAGAACCACAUUUUCCAAUGUCAAAUCCAGACUUUCUCUUCCUCUGAACAAAUCCCAUAGUUUUUCCAAUUUUUUCCCCACAUUCCCUUCUCGUUUCUCUUUAAGGUCGUCUGGUUUCAGUCUUACCACUCCCAUAUCUGCUUCAUCUUCUUCUGGAAAUGCAGAUUACAGGCAGGAACCGGCAACCAAAGUAAAAUUCCAAGCAUCAUUGAGCAUCCCAGGUUGCUCAGAAUCUUUGUCUUUGGUUGGGACAGGAUAUAGGGAAAAGGUGUUUGCGUUAAUAGGCGUGAAGGUCUAUGCUGUGGGGCUACAUGUCAAUGAAUCCAUCUUUGGUAAGUUAGAUGCGUGGAGAGGACGCUCGGCAGCCGAGAUGAUGAAGGAUUCCUUCUUGUUUGAGACCAUAUUCAAAGUUCCUAUGGAGAAAUCCAUAAGCAUUGUUUUAGUGAGAGAUGUUGAUGGUAAAACAUUCUGGGAUUCAUUGAAUGAAGCCAUUUCUCCAAGAAUCAAAUCACCUUCUCCGGAUGACGAGACAGCCCUUUCCACUUUUCGUAGCAUCUUGGGAGGGAGGCCUCUAAAGAAGGGAACCUCCAUAGUAUUGGCGUGGAUGAACUCGGCCCAAAUGCUUGUUUGUGUGUCAUCUUCAUCUGAUGCAACAACCCCUUCUUCAGUCGAUGCUAAGAUUGAAUCAGCAAACGUUACGUCAGCCCUCUUUGACGUUUUUCUUGGAAGCAAUGCGAUUUCUCCAUCCUUGAAAGCAUCGGUUACGAAUGGAUUGGAAGUAGCACUUAAGCGAAGGCCAUGAUAAGUUGCAAGUACCCUUUUUUUCUUCUUUUCCUCUCGGAAUCCAGACGUGUAAGAGAGUCAGUAGGUAGCUUAUUGCCCUUGAAAUCCAUUGCUCCAAAUUUUAAUGUCAAAAGGUUGAUUAUAUGUAUACCAAUGUUAUAUCAAAGCACUUGCAUGACAAUCUUUUUUUUUUCUUUCUAAAACCUCCCUCCUUUCUCUUCUCCUUUCCUUGCAAAACCGUGAAAAUAAGGUGGCGCUUCUAGGAAUACAAGUGACAGGGGGCG